AUGACAUCCAAAGAGGACUGGUUCUUGGUCGUGGACCAGGAGGACGGCGAGCAGUUCGUGUGCUCGCUGAUCGAGGAGAUCCUCAACCGCUCGCAGGAAGUGCUCUUUGAAAAACACAUCGAGAGCCAAGUCCUACCCUAUGCCGUGCAGUUCUCCAAGACGACGCUGCUCAAGAUCAUCGAGUGGGAGUUCUUUCGCAAGGAUCUUGGAAAGAUCGACUCGGCCGCCUGGCUGCCCGACGAAGAACCCGUUCCUGUCACGAUCGACUCUUGGGCCCGUGGGGCAAUUGCACUGCGCUCCGAGCCUCCGCCGCUUCCACAGCCCAAGAAGCCAUACUCCGAGACCCUGAGCAUGUCAUCGCUGUCGUUGGAGACUCCGCCCGAGACCGAAGAGCAUUUGAGUCCAACCGCCGCCGCGACGCUGGGCCCGACGUCGAUCAAGGAGAAAGGUCGGACGUCGGUGGUGCGAAUGUCGGCAAAUUCGAUAUCAAAGAGAGACUCCAAGAGCGAUCGAGUGCGAGCAUCCGAUAUGUCGAUCACGUCGUCGUCGUCAAGAAGUGGCCGCAAGCGAAGCGGGGGGAGGCGGAACGUUUUGCAAGGCGGUGCCGCACAUACGACGGCAGUGACCGCUGUGCAAGCUCUGGAGCAGUCGAUCCAAGAGGAGAACAAACGGACGAUGGCCCGGAUUGCGAAUCUGGAAAAGGACGGUGGGCGGGCUGACUACACCUCGGACCACGACGGUCGAGUGGUGCUUGUCAAGAAGCUGGCGCCGCGCAAGCUCCAAAGCACUGGCGUCCGAGCCAUGGUGAUCCCAGAAGAGCCCCAGACUGGACCCGCAGGAGGCGCACACGGCGCUGCCGAGUCGCCGUACCAUCUGGCACGUUCCCACGCCAAUGCACCCAGCAAGAAGCAACACGGCGCUGAAACGACCGGGCGAGAAAGCGUCACCGGGUUCGGCCGGCUCGGAAUGUCGCUCAGACAGAUCACGCAGCGACACCAGUCCUUCAACAGCAUCUCGAGCAUGGCCUCGCUCCGCGACACCAGCGGCUUUGUCGAGGACUCGUCGCUGGAUAUGCCUCCGCUGUCGGAGACGAUCAAGGUGGCUGCAGGCGUUGUGCUGAUCGAAGGAGAGAAUGUCAAGCGGGGUCUCUAUGCCCCUGCAAAGCGGGAACCAGGUGUCCUUGCCGAGCCAAGCCAGGGCCAAGCGCCCAAACGAGCAGCCGAAACGGGGCGACGAAGCCAUCGGCCGACCGACUUACAAGCGCCUGGCCUGGCACCGACAGCGGGACCAGGACCGGCACCACCAGCAGCCAUUCCCACGGGGCUGAAUGCCAGCUUGUUGCUCGGAAGCGAUCCCAUUCUCUCUGAGGUUCUUUCCAAGGCCCGACCAAGCCUCAAGCCGAUUCCGUUCCCACUGUCGUCCAAUCCACUGACAGCCAAGGAUGGGGCUCGGAAACCGCGGCCGCUGCCUGAUAUUUCCGACCGCCAGGACUCAGGACACAUCCAGGGUGCAUCCGUCAAGAUUCUGUAGCCACUGGGUGGGCCCGAUAGCCGCAGAGAUGACAGAAUCUUCAGCCUGUCUCUCGAGGGUGAGAGAC